AUGUAUUUAAAUCAGUGCGAUAACCGCGCGGACGCCGAAUAUCACGAGUACGGCGAUGAACCGGAGUACGAACGGACGCAGUAUUUAGCGGACGUCGAAGGUGAAGCAGACGCCCCGGAGGCCAACGAAGCAGCAGAAGGAUUCUACGAGAACGCCAUCGUGCCAGACGACUGCACCUACUGCUUUGAUAAUAGUAACUUGUUGGGUUGCAGCGACGGCGCAGAUUAUUGGUCUGACGACAUGUCUUCAAUACCAGGACUCGCAUCUUUGGAUAUGGAUCCGUUGCCAAACUUAUUCCCUUUUUCUCCAUGCCAGCCAAAUUAUAAAAGCGAUCGUCCUAGUCAUGAUAUGGCAGAUGUUUUAUUAUCACUGAAACAUGCAGUUUUACGCGGAGAUAGUUCGCAGCAAGAACCAAUUUUACAAGGAAGCUAUCAGGCGACGGGAAACGCACAUCAACCUUCCAUGCAUGCGUCACUUUCGCAUCCUGGAGCUACGGGACCUCAAACACAAUACGUGAGCACUGGUCCACAAGCAUCACUUUCUUAUACAGUUCAUCCACAAAUGCUAAUGUCGCAAGGAUCGGGCAGCGGUGCAAGUUACGCCAAUAGUUGUUAUGAUGCGACCUCGUGCGCGUCCCGGUCAUCCUGCCAGCCGCCGCCUCCACCGCUUCAGCAUUGCGCCGCUGUCUUCCCAAGCAUGAGUGUUAACGUGAGCAUGAAUAUGACGAUGCACGGAUACGAACCUAAUCAACCACAAUCUUGUUCACAGAUGCAAUGGGGAACGCAAGCUUCGCCUUCUAUGAAUGUAAUCUACCCGCCUCUAGUUAGUCCUGCGCAAUAUGGUCAUGGGGGAGCCACAUAUUCAUUUACUGCAGACUUCCGACCGCCGCCAGGAGCAACAAGUGCAGUCAAUACACAGAACAAUGUCGAACCACGAUUGGUCGGUCAACAAACACCACAAUGGCAUUACGCAGCAGCAGCAGCUGCGGCAAACGCAACCGCUGCCCAGAAGCAGGGAUAUAACAUACAUAGUACAUGCCAUCAAAUUAAAACUGACAUACAGUCAUUAUCAGAUGACAGUCUUCAUCUGGAUAGUGGAGGCGGAAUAACAGACAUGCGUCCGAACAUGUGUCGCCUAUGUGGCAAGACGUACGCACGCCCUAGCACACUUAAAACCCACCUCAGAACGCACUCUGGCGAAAGACCAUACAGGUGCCCGGAAUGUAGUAAAUCAUUUUCUCAAGCAGCGAAUUUAACAGCACAUGUGCGAACGCACACGGGUCAAAAACCGUUCCGAUGUCCUGUCUGUGAUCGACGAUUUUCACAAUCGUCCAGCGUUACCACGCAUAUGAGAACCCACUCGGGCGAGCGCCCUUACAGAUGUCGUGCUUGUAAGAAAGCCUUUUCAGACAGUUCUACAUUAACAAAGCACCUACGUAUCCAUUCAGGUGAAAAACCCUACCAAUGCAAACUAUGUCUGCUAAGAUUCUCACAAUCAGGGAAUUUAAACAGGCAUAUGCGAGUUCAUGCAAAUAAUUCAAUAUUGGGCGCUUGACAUACCCGAUCACAUUAUAUACUAAAUUCUUGAUUUACCGUUCAACGAUGAAUUUAGAUUUAAAAUAAUUUAUACAGAGUUACAUUUCAUGCUCAUUUUGUGAUAAAACAAAUAUAUAUAACAAAAAAACAUGUAUAUGAAAGGCUACAGAAUUUAAUCAAAUGUUAAUUUUAGACC